AUGUCCCUUGUCCGGGGUCAUGGAGACGUUGCGGCCACCCCGGCGGCGCCUCUGUCCGAAGAAGGGGAAGUGACCUCCGGCCUCCAGGCUCUGGCCGUGGGAGACCCCGCAGGCCCGCCGGCUUCGGCCGGUAGAGGCGAGGAAGAGGGGGGAGGAGGCCGGGAGGAGGCCGAGCGUGAGGGGCCUGGGGUCGAGGAGGCGCAGGGAGAAGCCCCUAGCGCCGAGGGGGAAGAGCCAGCCCAGGCAGACCCCGAGGACUGGUGCGUGCCCUGCAGCGAUGAGGAGGUGGAGCUGCCGGCCGAUGGGCAGGUCUGGAUGCCGCCCCCCUCCGAAAUCCAGCGGCUCUAUGAACUGCUGGCGGCCCAGGGCACCCUGGAGCUCCAGGCCGAGAUCCUGCCCCGCCGGCCGCCCACUCCCGAGGCUCAGAGUGAAGAGGAGAGAUCCGACGAGGAGCCCGAGGCCAAAGAGGAGCAAGAGGAAAAGCCGCACAUGCCCACAGAAUUUGACUUUGAUGAUGAGCCCCUGACACCAAAGGACUCCCUGAUUGACCGAAGGCGCACCCCAGGAAGCUCCGCCCGGAGCCAGAAACGGGAAGCCCGCCUGGACAAAGUCCUCUCGGACAUGAAGCGACACAAGAAGCUGGAGGAGCAGAUCCUUCGUACUGGCAGGGACCUGUUCAGCCUGGACUCGGGGGACCCCAACCCUGCCAGCCCCCCACUGCGGUCCUCAGGGAGUAGUCUCUUCCCCCGGCAGCGGAAAUACUGA